AUGUCGGACCUCUCGUACAACGUCAUGGCGCCCCCAUCUGCCGUCGCGACGGCGAGCGUUGUGCCGCUGCCGUCGUCCAUGACCUCGGUCCUUUGGCGGGGCCUUGUCUCACUUGCCAGGAGUACUGUGAUCACCGCUUUGAAGAGCGGCAUUGUGAACGGCCAGAUCGACAUCGUCGAACAGAACGGCACUACGACUAGCUUCGGCCUCUCGACGACAGAGUCGAAAGGGCAGUCUAGACACGGACAAAUUGUCGUCCAUGACGACACCUUUUGGGUUCGCGUCUUCACUUGGUAUGAUAUUGGCUUCGCAGAAGCAUAUCUUGCCGGCGAUUUCUCCUCGCCAAACCUUAAGGAGGUUCUUAACAUUUACGUGGACAACUUCCGCCUGGGAAGUUUGGGUGGGCUGUCGACGAUCGCAUAUCGAUUCAACAGCGUCAUCGAGACCAUUACUCUGCGCUUCAGCCACAGUCUUACGAAAGCUGUCGCGAACGUUGCAGGAUAUGAUGCAUCCAACGAACUGUACCAGGCGUUCCUGAGCACUGAGAUGCAGUACUCUUGCCCCAUUUGGGGAGAGGAGGAGGGUGGCGUACGCGGUGACCUCGAAGGCCUGCGCCGUCCAGGAGAUCUGGAGAGCGCGCAGCGCCGGAAGAUCGAGUACAUCCUCCGCAAGGCGCGUCUCCGGCCCGGAGACCGUCUCUUGGAGAUCGGCAGCGGCUGGGGCGGCGUAGCCAUUGCGGCGGGUCGAAUGGGCUGCACCGUCGACACCAUCACGCUCUCCGUAGAGCAGCGGGCACUCGCGCUAGAGCGCGUGCGCGAGGCUGGGCUCGAGGGUCAAGUCCGGGUUCACCUUAUGGAUUACCGGAAGAUGCCGGCAGAGUUUGAGAAGGCGUUCGAUGCAUGCAUCAGCAUAGAGAUGCUCGAGGCGGUGGGCGCCGAGUACAUGCCCACCUACAUCAGGCAGAUAGAUUGGGCACUCAAGGACGACCGCGCGGCCGUUGUUCUCAGUGCUACGACGUACCCGGAGUGCAGCUACUCUCGUCUGCAGGGCAACGACUUCGUGCGCAAGUAUCACUGGCCGAACACCAUCAUUCCCAGCGCGACCUCCCUCUCCGUGGCGUUCAACGAGACGUUGAAGGGGCGCUUCUCAUUGGAGACCAUCGAGGACUUCGGGAGUCACUACCCUCGGUGCUUGCGUGAAUGGGGCAGGCGGCUCGAGGAGAACUGGUCGCCGAAGCUGGUCGCGUCGCUGCAGGAGCGCUACCCCAGCCUCAAGGAGGAGCACAACAUGGACAUCCUCCGGCGGCGGUGGCGGUACAUGUACCUCUACAUGGAGGUCGCGUAUUCGCGCGCGUGGCUGAGCCUGGGGACGUGGACGUUCGUCCGACCCGGGCAUUCGGCGGAGCUGUGCGCAUGA